AUGGCACAACUGCCAGUCAGGGGCUGCACCCAGUACCAGAUGCUGCAGAAACUGCACACCUUCACCGGGGAGCGGAGGCCCAAGGGCGACCGGAUCUUCCAGGCCCUGGGAGCCACGGACGAGCUGAGCUCGGCCAUCGGGCUUGCUGGUGAAUUUAGCAGUGAAAAGGGCCACACGUUUGUUGAACAGCUUCACAAAGUGCAGUGCAUGCUGCAGGACGUGGGCUCCAACAUCGCCACGCCGCUCUCCUCGGCCAGGGAGGCUCACCUGAGACGAACAUCGUUCAGUGAGAAGCCAGUUCUGGAGCUGGAGCAGUGGAUUGACAGUUACUCAGAGCAGCUUCCUCCACUCCGAGCUUUUAUCCUGCCAUCAGGAGGUAAAAGCAGUGCUGCCCUCCACCUGUCCCGGGCUGUCUGCCGCAGAGCUGAGAGGUGCGUGGUGCCUUUGGUACAAGCAGGGGAAGCAGAUCCCAAUGUGGCCAAAUACUUAAACAGGCUGAGCGACUUCCUCUUCGUGUUGGCGCGUUACGCUGCAAUGAAGGAAGGGAAGGAAGAAAAAAUAUACAUAAAGCCUGAACCAUAA